AUGUCACUAGCCGCGCCAACGCUCCAGCCGUUAGCGCCGCGCUUCCUCCGCCGCUCCCUUCGUGUGCUCCCCCCGAGCGCCCUCCGCGGCCGCCCGCUCACGCUUCCGCCGAGCUACGCGCGCGGAAGCUCUUCCCGUCUCGCGCAUUAUCUUUCUUCGCGCGCGGAGCUCUCUGCAACAUCUGUAUCGGCGGAAGCUGCGCCAGCGGGGGUAUCUGCGGAUGGGACCAGCGCGGAAGCGGAACAGCUGCGGAGCAGCGGGGCUGGGGAGAGCGGGAAGACUCCUAAAGCCGGAACGCUUACGUUUCAGGACGCAAUUCAGCGACUCCAGGAAUACUGGGCGGGCGUGGGGUGCGCGGUGCUACAGCCGAGCAGCACGGAGGUGGGAGCGGGCACCAUGAAUCCCGCCACCUUCCUGCGCGUGCUGGGCCCCGAGGCGUGGCGCGUGGCCUACGUGGAGCCCUCCAUGCGCCCCGACGACAGCCGCUUCGGAGAUAACCCGAACCGCGUGCAGCGCCACACGCAGUUCCAGGUGCUCUGCGGUGGCAUUGCUCUCAGGUGCUCUGCGGUGGCAUUGCUCUCAGGUGCUCUGCGGUGGCAUUGCUCUCAGGUGCUCUGCGGUGGCAUUGCUCUCAGGUGCUCUGCGGUGGCAUUGCUCUCAGGUGCUCUGCGGUGGCAUUGCUCUCAGGUGCUCUGCGGUGGCAUUGCUCUCAGCUGCCCUCAGCACAUCCCCCACUGCAUUGCCCCGACGAAAGCCGCUUCGGGGACAACCCCACCCACCCUGUGCCUUCCCGUGCCUUCUCCCCUCUCCCCUCAAGCCAUCCUGAAGCCCGAUCCUGGCAACUUGCAGGAGCUGUACCUCGUAAGCCUGGCGGCGCUGGGCAUCGACAGCCGGCCGGCAUUGUCGUCACACCCCCCUCCUCUCCUCCCACCUUAUCAUCCCGCAGGUCAUGGUCAUCCUGAAGCCAGACCCAGGCAACGCGUUAUUCUCAAGCCAGACCCUGGGAAUGCGCAGGAGCUGUACUUAGGCAGCCUGGCAGCGCUGGGCAUCGACAGCAAGCAGCACGACGUGCGGUUUGUGGAGGACAACUGGGAGUCGCCCGUGCUCGGGGCGUGGGGGCUGGGCUGGGAGGUGUGGCUCGAUGGCAUGGAGAUCACGCAGUUCACCUACUUCCAGCAGGUGCAGUGCGGUGCAGUGCGGUUGGGGUGGGUGGGUGUGGAGAGAGAGCGGUUGGAAUGGGUGUGGAGGACAACUGGGAGUCGCCCGUGCUCGGCGCCUGGGGUCCGGGCUGGGAGGUGGGUGGGUGCGGGGAGAGAGUGGUUGGGAUGGGUGUGGAGGGAGUCGCCUGUGCUCGGCGCCUGGGGGCUGGGCUGGGAGGUGUGGCUGGAUGGCAUGGAGAUCACGCAGUUCACCUACUUCCAGCAGGUGCAGUGCGGUUGUGAUGGGUGCGGGGUGGUUGUUCUUGAUGUUUUCAACGAGCUGGCUCCGCUGCUGCACAUAGGGGGCAUGCCGCUAUCACCAGUGUCAGUGGAGAUCACGUACGGCCUGGAGCGCAUCAUCAUGAGCCUGCAGGUACGUGCUUUGUGGCAUGCUGGUGUGCCAGUGGAGAUCACAUACGGCCUUGAGCGCAUCAUCAUGAGCCUACAGGGUGUGGACCACUUGAAGCACAUCGCCUAUGCGCCUCACCUCAACCAACAUGCACUGCCUGCCAGUCACACGCCUCCCGGCGUGGAUCAUUUCAAGCGCAUCGCCUAUGCCCCUGGUGUCACCUACGGGGAGCUGUUCUUGGAGAACGAGAGGGAGAUGAGCUGCUUCAACAUGGAAGAGGCGGACACGGAGAGGGUCAAGCAGCGCUUUGAUCUCUACGACGCCGAGGCACAGGCUUUGAUUGACAAGCAGCUGGCCAUUCCCGCAUUUGACCACGUCCUCAAGACGUCCCACGCGUUCAACAUUCUGGAUGCAAGGGGUGCUGUUGGGGUCACUGAGAGAGCUCGCUUCUUCGGCCGUAUGAGGAGGUGUGUGCAGUGCGGUGCAGUACGCCUGGCGCGUCAGUGCGCCCAAUUGUGGGUCGACACGCGGGAGAAGCUCGGCUUUCCAUUGGGCCGGGCGGAUGCUGACGUGGCGCAGCCAACAGGCGACACAUGGCCGUCCGCUGACGUGGCGGCGCAGGACGGGGCGGCGAGUGCGGGCGGCGUGGAGGCACGGGAGGGCGAGGGGCGGAUGCUAGUGGUGGAGAUCGGUACAGAGGAGUUGCCGCCUGAUGAUGUCAGCAGCGCUGUUGCCCAGGUGGGUGCACUGGGUGCACACUGGGGUGCUGGUUGCCACCUAUCAGUCCCACCUAUCAGUCCCACCUAUCAGUCCCACCUAUCAGUCCCACCUGUCAGUCCCACCUAUCAGUCCCACCCACCCACCUAUCAGUCCCACCUAUCAGUCCCACCUAUCAGUCCCACCUAUCAGUCCCACCCACCUAUCAGUCCCACCUAUCAGUCCCACCUAUCAGUCCCACCUAUCAGUUCCAACCACCUAUCAGUCCCACCCACCUAUCAGUCCCACCCACCUAUCAGUCCCACCUAUCAGUCCCACCCACCUAUCAGUCCCACCCACCUAUCAGUCCCACCCACCUAUCAGUCCCACCUAUCAGUCCCACCCACCUAUCAGUCCCACCUAUCAGUCCCACCUAUCAGUCCCACCUAUCAGUCCCACCCACCUAUCAGUCCCACCUAUCAGUCCCACCUAUCAGUCCCAACCACCUAUCAGUCCCACCCACCUAUCAGUCCCACCUAUCAGUCCCACCUAUCAGUCCCACCUAUCAGUCCCACCCACCUAUCAGUCCCACCUAUCAGUCCCACCUAUCAGUCCCACCUAUCAGUCCGACCUAUCAGUCCCACCUAUCAGUCCCACCUAUCAGUCCCACCUGUCAGUCCCACCUGCCAUUCUCGUUUCCCUCUCUGCCAGCUGCUAGCAGCCAUCCCACCGCUACUAACGCGCCUGUGGCUGCCAUACGACUCAGUGCAAGCGGAGGGCACACUCAGGAGGGUCGCUGUGCAGGUGUGCCCAUUCUCAUCCCUACCGUGUCCUUUCCCCAUUCCCCCAACCCCCUGUUGCCAGUUGCAAGCAGCCAUCCCGCCUCUUCUCACUCGCCUGCGCCUGCCGUACAGCUCAGUGCGAGUGGAGGGCACGCCCAGGAGGGUGGCGGUGCAGGUGGCGGGGCUGGCAGCGUGGCAGCAGCGCGAGCAGCGGGAGGUGCGGGGGCCGCCGGCUAACAAGGCAUUUGACAAGGAUGGGAAACCUACUAAGGCGCUAGAGGGCUUCUGCAAGCGUAACGCGGUAACCGCAGAGGCGGUAACCACACGGGAGGACGACAAGGGCGUGGAGUAUGUGUGGGCGAGCGUGAGCGAGGAGAGCCGACCCGCGUGGGCCGUGCUGGGGGAGCAGCUGCCGGCCGUGAUUGCAGGGAUUGCGUUUCCCAAGACCAUGCGGUGGAACUCCCAGGUGGCGUUCAGCCGUCCCAUUCGGUGGCUGCUGGCCAUGCACGGCCACACCGUGGUGCCGUUCGCCUAUGCAGGCCUGGCAUCGGGCAAUGAGUCAUGGCUGCUCAGGAACGCGCCAGAGACACGAGUGCAGCUACCAUCUGCAGAGGAGUAUGCAGCAGCCAUCGCAGCUGCCGACAUCACCCUCUCCAUUCAGGAGCGUAAAGACGCGAUCUGGGCAGCAAGCAAUGAGUUGGCAGCGUCGGUGGGAGGAAGCAUCCCGGAAGAUGCACGAGGGGACCUCCUUGCUGAGGUGGCGAACCUGGUGGAAUCUCCCGUGCCGCUUCUAGGAAGCUUCGACCGCAGCUUCCUAGACCUGCCGCCCGAGGUGCUGGUGAUGGUGAUGAGGAAGCAUCAGAGGUACUUCCCGGUGCAGGACGCAGCUUCCGGGAAGCUUCUCCCGUACUUUGUGGCGGUGCCGAACGGGCGGCUGGACGAAGCUGCAGUGCGGGCCGGCAACGAGUCGGUGCUGCGCGCCCGCUACGAGGAUGCACGUUUCUUCUUCAACAGCGACACAGCGCACCCUCUGGAGUCCUUCCGGGAGAAGCUCAAGGGCAUCACCUUCCAGGCGAAGCUGGGUUCCAUGUUGGACAAGAGCGAGCGCAUCGAGGCCAUCACGCCACUCCUCUGCACCGCUCUGCACCUCUCUCCAUCAGACUUUGCCGCGGCGCAGCAGGCAGCGCGGCUGUGCAUGGCGGACCUUGGGACUGCCGUGGUGAUGGAGUUUACUGGACUGGCUGGAAUCAUGGGGCGGCACUACGCAGAGAGAGAAGGUUUGGGAGAGGAGCUGUGCAUGGCGGACCUUGGGAGUGGCGUGGUGAUGGAGUUCACCGGGCUGGCGGGGAUCAUGGGGCGGCACUAUGCGGAGAGGGAGGGGCUCGGGGAGGCGGUGAGCAGGGCAAUUUUCGAGUGUGUGCUGCCGCGGUCAGCAGGCGACCAGCUGCCCACCACAGCCCCUGGCCUCAUGCUCUCCCUCGCCACCAGGCUUGACAGUCUCGUGGGGCUCUUUGCAAUCGGCUGUGAGCCCUCUGCCUCGGCCGACCCCUUUGGUCUCCGCCGCUCCGCAUACGGCCUUGUGGAGGCACUGGUAGCAAGCAACACUGAUCUGCAUCUCUCCACGGCCCUGCAGGCAGCAGCAUCCGUGCAGCCUGUUGAGGUCACUCCCGCCACACUGGAGCAGGUGAGCUGUUUGCCAGCAUGUGUGCAUUCCCAUCUGCAUCUCUCCACAGCCCUGCAGGCAGCUGCGCCCGUGCAGCCCGUGCAGUCACCCCCGCCACACUGGAGCAGCCCCCGGCCCGGCAACGCUCGAGCAGGUGAGGUGGUGUGGUGGUUGGCAAGUGUUGAUGCCCAACAGCACCCCCCACCCCUUCCUGGUGGACCGUGGGGCUGCAGUGGAGGCGGUGCAUGGGGCGCCUCAAAAUCCCUUCCUGGGUUGCAGGUGGAAUCUUUCAUAGUGCGCCGCCUGGAGCAGUUCCUCGUGGACCGCGGGGCGGCCGUGGAGGCAGUGGAGUCCUUCAUAGUGCGCCGCCUGGAGCAGUUCCUCGUGGACCGUGGGGCGGCAGUGGAGGCGGUGCGCAGUGUGCUGGAGGAGAGAGGCUCUGUGCCGGCCUUGGGUGCACGAUCCGUGGCGGAGAUGGAGGAGCUACAGGCGUCAGGGCAGCUUGAAAAGAUUGUGGCAGCGUAUGCGCGGCCAACGAGGAUCGUGCGCGGCAAGGACGUGGACCUGGACUGGCAGGUGAGGGAGAAGCUGUUUGAGUCGGAUGCGGAGAGGACUCUGUGGGACGCCUUCAAGCACGUGGAUGCUGAGGUCUCCACUGACAUGAGCAUCAAGGCGUUCGCCGAUGCAUCCAUGGCUCUCGUCGACCCUCUUGAAGGCUUCUUUGCCAAUGUGUUCGUCAUGGCGGAGGAGGAGCAGUUGCGUAAGAACCGCUUGGGGCUGCUCAGCAGGAUUGCAAGACUGCCGGAAGGCAUUGCUGACCUCACUGUGCUGCCUGGCUUCUAG